AUGCUGGGCAGGGUGCGCUCGGCCGUGGCGCAGCUGGUCGGGGGCCUGGGCGGAGGGGGGGGCGGCGGCGUCCCCCCGAGCGCCCAGCCCGCCGUGGCCUCGCCGCCGCCCCCUCCAGCGCCCGCCGGGCCCGGCGCCCCCCAGCCCUGCCGGGAGCCGCCCCGAGAGCGCUUCUCCAGACCCGCUUUCCUGCAGCUGACCGCCGAGGAGCUCCAGCGGGCCGACGACCACGCCGGCAGGGCCGUCCAGAGCCCCCGCGAGAACCGCCGCCGCCUGCCAUGGAGGACCGGCUACGCCGAGGUGAUAAAUGCAGGCAAGAGCCAGCACAAUGAAGAUCAAGCCUGCUGUGAGGCAGUAUUUGUGGAAAAGCGAAGAAGUCAGAGGAAUAACCCAGCCUCCAAGGAAACAUCUGGAGACCCAGAGGGGCAGGGCAACAAAGGCCUGUACUUUUACUACUGGGGCUUGUUCGAUGGACAUGCCGGAAGCGGGGCUGCAGUCAUGGCAUCUAAGCUGCUACACUUCCACAUCCGUGAUCAGCUCAGGGAAAUAGUAGACAUCCUCCAAGACCCCUCACCUCCUCCAAUCUGCCUGCCAGAUGCUUCCAGGACAGUUUUGGGAGAACCAAAUAGGGCUCCCUUGGCAGAGGAAGAUGUUGAGGUCCCCAACAAUGCUUUGCCACGUUUCCAUAUGGAGAAGGCAGUUUCCCAUGAGAGUUUGGUAGUGGGAGCCAUUGAGAAUGCAUUCAAAGAGAUGGACAAUCAGAUCGAGCAAGAGCGGGUGACCCGGCAUGUAUCUGGAGGCUGCUGUGCUCUGGCUGUGGUUUACCUCCUGGGAAAGUUCUACGUGGCCAAUGCAGGUGAUAGUAGGGCCAUUGUCAUCCGUAAUGGGGAAAUCAUUCCAAUGUCCAGGGAGUUUACUCCAGAGACAGAGAGGCAAAGGCUGCAGUUUUUAGGCUUUUUGAGUCCUGAGUUGCUGGGGAAUGAAUUUACUCAUCUUGAGUUCCCUCGAAGAAUCCAGCAUAAGGAACUGGGAAAGAAGAUGCUAUACAGGGACCAAAACAUGAAUGGCUGGGCAUAUAAAAGGAUAGAAGAAAAUGACCUGAAGUUUCCACUUGUAUAUGGAGAGGGUAAAAAGGCGCGAAUGAUGGCGACCAUUGGGGUGACUCGAGGCCUGGGAGACCAUGAUCUCAAAGUGUACAGCUCUAACAUCUACAUCAAACCUUUCUUGUCCUGCAUCCCAGAGGUCCGCAUCUAUGACCUCACUCAGUACGAGCACUGCCCAGAUGAUGUGCUUGUCCUGGGCACUGAUGGCCUCUGGGAUGUCACUAGUAAUCAAGAAGCGGCCAAUGUGGUGUUGGAUGUCCUCAUGCGCUAUGAGCCCAAUGACCCUUGCAGAUACACUAUGGUAGCCCAGGAGUUGGUGGUAAGGUCCAGAGGGUUUCUGAAGGAUCGUGGCUGGAGGCUGGCCAAUGACAAACUAGGCUCUGGUGAUGAUAUCUCAGUCUUCGUUAUUCCUCUCGGUGGCCCAGGAAACUAUACCUGAAGAGGUCCCAGGGCACCUGAUCCACGCUGCUAG